AUGAAGCAGGAGAACCAGAGUGUCUUGUCUGAAUUCCUCCUGCUAGGGUUCCCAAUCCCCCAGGAGCAGCAGUUCCUGUUCUUCGCCCUCUUCCUGGCCAUGUACCUGACCACAGUGCUGGGGAACCUGCUCAUCAUUCUGCUCAUCAGGCUGGACACCCGCCUCCACACCCCCAUGUACUUCUUCCUCAGCCACUUGGCUCUGACUGACAUCUCCUUUUCAUCGGUCACUGUUCCCAAGAUGCUGUUGAACAUGCAGAUGGGGUGCCUAGCCAUUUCCUACCCAGGGUGCAUUUCACAGGUGUAUUUCUAUUUGGUUUUUGGUUGCGUGGAUAAUCUUCUUCUCUCGGUGAUGGCCUAUGACAGGUACGUUGCUAUCUGUCACCCUCUCCACUAUACCCUCAUCAUGAGGGAGGAGCUUUGCAUGUUGCUGGUAGCUGGCUCCUGGGUUGUCUCCUGUAGCAGUGCUCUCCUUCACACCCUUCUCCUGGCCCAGUUGUCUUUCUGUGCUGAUAACAUCAUCCCCCACUUCUUCUGUAGCCUCUCAGUGCUACUUAAGCUGUCCUGCUCCAGCACGUCUCUCAAUGAAUUGGCCAUAUUCACUGCAGGGGCUGCUACUGUUGUCUUUCCACUGAGUGGCAUCCUGGUCUCUUAUGGCUGCAUCGGGGCCUCCAUCUUGCGGGUUCCUUCCACCAAAGGUAUCAGCAAAGUUUUGUCCACCUGUGGCUCCCACCUCUCUGUGGUUUCUUUAUUCUAUGGCACAAUUAUGGCAAUAUACUUUGCCCCUUCAUCUAGCAACUCCAACAGCAAAGACAUGAUUGCCUCUCUGAUGUACACCGUGGUGACCCCCAUGUUAAACCCCUUCAUUUACAGUCUAAGGAACAGAGACAUCAAAUUGGCUCUGAGGAUUCUUUUCAGAAAGAGUGUCCUCUUAGCCAAGUGA